UGCGAUGGUUUCGUUUCUACGUUUCGCUGCGUGAGAGACGUAAGGAACGGAGGGAACACUAAGAAAAAAAUACUCAAUACAUUCUGCACCGAGAAAGCUGCCGCCUAUUGCUUAACUCUUUGGCACACGAUGGAGGACGGCCUAUGGUUGAUUGAGCUCGAGUCGGCGCUGCAGGAUGACUGUACGGUGGACGACAUUUACGCAAUAUGCCACGGAAAAGCACUCCCCGAGGCCCUGCGACUGGACGUGUGGCAAGUGUGCCUUGGAGUGCGCAACAAAAUGGACCAGCUAGCACAGUUCAACGAGAUCUACGACCUACCUUUCCAGGCACAGCUGCGCUCCGAUUGUGAGGAAUUCGUCAACAAGUUGGGCAAUGAAGAUGAGGACAAAGUGUCUGUUGUUUGUGACCUCGAAUCGAUUCUCACUUUUUACUGCAAAAACCGCAACCUCGUCUAUGAGACGAACAACGGAUGGAUCGAGCUGAUGUUGCCGUUGCUUUCCCUAAAGUUGAUCCGAUCGGAUACGUAUAACCUGUUCGAGGCCAUUCGUGAUACAUACAUUCCAAAAGGUUGCAAAAAGAACGGCACGGUGUUCAAUGUGUUUCGUUUGCUGCUGCUGUACCACGACCCAGAACUGUGCACCAUCCUGGAUACCAAACGUAUAACACCAGACUGCUACGCGAGUGGCUGGUUCCAGUCACUAUUCGCUUCUACCUGCACGCUUCCAGUCGUGUUAUCCAUGUGGGACCUGUACUUCCAGCAGUCGGAUCCCUUUCUUGUGUUCUUCCUAAGUCUGAUAGUGCUGAUCAACCAGCGUGAUCAGAUACUAACGAUGAAAGCCGCGUCGAAGGAGGACCUCAUCGGAUUUCUAGUCAACAUGCCCUGCAACAUCGAGGCGGACGAUGUGCUUGAUUUCUGUUCCCUCGCUCAGUAUUACUCCGUGAAAACACCGGCUUCUUUCAAGCGGGACCUCCUGCAGGUACUGUUCGGUGUGCAGAGUGGCAGCAACAAAGCCGAGGGCUCGGUCGUGUCCCAGGCACUGUGCUUACCGGUUUCCGUCAACGAACUAAUUGAAAAUGCUUCAAUUCAAAACCCUCACCCGGAAGCGGUACGCUUUUUCUUGGUUGAUUGCCGCCCAGCGGAUCAAUACAAUUCCGGGCACCUCUCCACGGCGUUCCAUCUCGACAGCAACCUAAUGCUGCAAGAACCGGAAGCAUUCCAGACGGCCGUGCAAGGGCUGCUACGUUCGCAACGAAACGCCAUUGAUGCCAACUCUAACGCGGGCGGAGAACAUCUUUGUUUCUUAGGAUCUGGCCGGUUGGAGGAAGACCAGUACACGCACAUGGUAGUGGCUUCUUUUUUGCAGAAAAACACCAAAUACGUUUCCCUGCUGACGGGUGGGUAUGAAGCGAUACAUGAAUACUUCGGCGACGGUAUGGUUGAUUGCCUCGAGGAUCACGAUCCGCUUAAGUGCUUAAUAUGCAAUAAAGAGCAGCUACGAUACGGAAAGGGAAGCGUGAAUAACAAUAACCACAAAGCCCUGAACAGCGGUGCCAACAGUACUAAUAGCAGUGCAACGAACAGUCUCAAGCGAGGCAGCCAACGAACCGGACAUCCAACGAACAACAACGGAAUGGAUGGCGUUGCCGGAGAUCGCAAAUCGACGAUCGAUCUUUUCAGUAAGCUCUCGCUUGCCAUGAAAACGAAAUCCGCCGAGGUACGGGAGAAGAUUUUCGACUACAUUUCCAAUCCAUCUGCUGGAGAGCAAGGCUCGAGUCGGUCGGGUGCUGGGCCUGGUAGCGAAAAGCAUGUUUCUCGAAACGAUCGCAAUGGCAAACGGUACCGGAACGUUCCGCCAGUAUUUAGCAUCGGUGAGGAUCAUGAGGAGGACGACGAGCUGAACUCGGCCGCUAGUGAGUCCUCGUCUUUGGCGCGUGGAUCAAAGACGUCGGGACAGCUACAAUCCGAACCUAUAGAAGAGAUCGUUUCCAUUCAGAGCUUCCUGAAAGGUCCAGAUGUAAUUCGGCACUUCAAGUGUCAGGAGGUGCACCUCAAUGGGUAUAUGUACGACAGCUACCUGCUAGUAACGGCCACCCACAUGAUUGUGCUACGGGAGCUGGAGACACGUCGGGACCGGGCACGCAUUAUCGUACGACGCGAGCUUCAGACUAUCGUCAAGAUAACAGCCAAAAAGCGACAUCGAGACCUAAUCACAUUCAAGUACGGUUUUCCAGAAGAGGAGAAACUGAUCGUCACCGAUAUGGACCGGUUUUUGAUUCCAAACGCGAGUGAAGUGACUGGGCUUAUAUCGGAUCACAUCACCAAACAGACGUGAGCCGAUGCAUGCUGCGAUGGCCUCUAGUCCGUCCUUAUCGCACCGGCGAGGAUUUCCUGCGUAUCGGAUAGCGUUUACGUUUCGUUGCCAACCGCCAGUCAGCCAUCAUCUCAUUGCUUUAGCCAAGAAAUGAUUUACUCAUUUGUAUGAUUAUCGUUGUUAUGUUCGUUAUUUUUUUUAUUUUCGUAUGAUUUUAAGUGUUUUCUCCAUUUCUCUUUCCUGUUUCUAAGAUUCGUUUUAACAGUUUUAUUUUCAUGUGUAAUUGUUUAAUAAUAUGUAUACCUGGUACUUACACCGAAGGCACGCUUUUUAUAAAAAAGAUCGUUUCGUUCGACGAACACGUCCUCUCAUAUUACAUGAUUGUAAAGUAGCACAUGAAAACAGCAAACACAUUGCCCACGUUUUAAAACGUUCCCUUGAGCCUCUUCAUUGAGGAUUAUUUAUGGCGAGGACUGACCCCGUGAUUUACAACGUUCCGAAUAGUGAGAUGUGGGAACGAAGGAACCUAAAGCAGUACAUGAAAAGAAACAAUAAAAAAAAUCCAACAGAUUUCUUUUCCCUUGCAGGUAG